AUGACAACCCCCUCAGCCUCGCAAUUCUCGCAAUUGCACACCUACAAUUUCUCCCAAGAUGCGGAAUUCGCAAACGGCCUCGCCAUAAUCCUAGGCCACCCCGAAACACCCGCCAGCGAGGCGGAAAUGAAUAGGGAAGAUGAUCUCGUACUGCAGGCUAAAUGCUUCUUCUUCUCACGAAAGGCAAAUGUUUCGCCGCCGAUUAGCUUUGCGGCUUAUAAAGCUUGGUUGGCUUCGCUGACGGGGCAAGAAUCAGACACAGGGGUGUCGCAAGCAGGCGAGUCGGCAUCAUUGGAGUCAGAUAAGCAUACCCCGGCGUCCACGUCCGCGUCCGCCUCCUCGGAGCCUGCGUAUCCGACCUCGUUUGCGCAUAUUGUGGAGUUGAUCACGACUGGGCAGCCGAUUCCGGGGAUAGAAGAGAUCCCGGAUACGGUUUUAGAGGGCCAUGAUCUUGUUACUGAGAAGCCGAGGCGUCGAAAGCCUUGGGAAAAGGAUGAGAUUGUGGCACCGGCGGGGGUCGAUGAAACUGAAACUGAAACUACAACUAGUGCUGUUUGA